GUCGCGGACUUGAUGACGUCGCACGCCGUCGACGCCGGGCAGCACCAGUACGACGGGUCGCGUGAAGCAGCGCCGGUUCGGUUCACGCUGAACCUUCUGAACAAUGGUCGGAAAGAUCAAACACGUCCGCCAGAAGCUCCACCAGGAGGCGGUGCGGCUCGAGAGGCCGGCCCGCCUCCCGCAGACCCCCCCGGGUCGGGGGCCGCCCGCGGCCGCGGAACCACUCAAAACAAGCGCUCCUCUUCUGGAGAAUCACAAGAGCGCUCUAUGGACCAGCGGGAAGCAGCCUCUGGAAGGGCCCUGCUUCCCCUCUGGGAUCUUCGCUGGCACCAGGAUAACUCCAGAGGCUCUGGUCCAAACACUGAAGUUCGAGGACCCCCCGGACGCCCCUGUGCCUGCUCAGAAAGGCCCAGAAGAGAAGAAAAUCAAAUCCAAGAAGGAGAAGAUGAAGGAGAGGAGAGAAAGAUGGCUUCACAAGAUCAGCUCCAUCAAACAGGCCAAGGAGCAGCAGGCGGCCGCGGCCCGGCGGCAGGCCACGCCCGUGGUGGGGGACAUGCGGUCGCUGGCCGACGCCCUGCCGGAGCUCUGCCAGCUCGUGGCCCCCGCCGCCACGGCCCCCGCCGCUCGGCGCAAGAGCAGGAAGAACAAAGUGCCCGUGAAGAGGCCUGAACCAACAGACUUCAGUCAGAUGAAGCAGUCACAGAAACGUAAACUCCUGGAGACGGAGACCAGCCGCUUCAGCCACGCCGUGAAGACGCUGUCGGCCAAGAUGAACCCUCUGGCCGACAUCGGGGAGCAGCUGAGGAAGAGGAUGAGGCAGGAGGAAGAGCAGGGCCCCAGCUAACAGGAAGCGCUUCCACGGACCUUACUAACCAAUCGACCCGGAACACUCUGGAUUAGGAGGAGGAGGAGCUGGAUACCUGGCCCCGCCCCCCUGACUGAAGGGGGAGGAGCAGCAGGAGGUGUUUGUACAUGUGGACUCUCUUUUAUUGUCAGUAAUAAAUCAUAACUCCCCGUCCAGCCCACA